AUGGAAGCCAUCAACGAAGCCUUUGCAAAAUGCAAGGCCAAAGGUCGUGCUGCUUUGAUCACAUACGUGACAGCUGGCUAUCCAACCGUUAGCGAAACACCGGAGAUCAUGAUGUCCAUGCAGGCCGGGGGUGCUGAUAUCAUCGAACUUGGGAUUCCUUCCACAGACCCUGUGACCGAAAGCCCAACUAUCCAGCAGGCCAAUGCGAAGGCCCUCGAGAACGGCGUUGAAAUUUCACACAUCCUACAGAUGGUCAAGUCAGCCCGUAAACAAGGUCUAGCUGUCCCAGUACUGCUGGUAGGGUACUACAACCCUGUGCGUGCCUAUGCCUACGGAGAACAGAAGCUACUUCGAGAUUGCAAGGCUGCUGGUGUGGACGGGUUUAUUAUUGUUGAUGUUCCCCCUGAUAAUGUGAUGUGGUUCCGUGAUUUAUGCAAGUCCAAAGGGCUAUCCUACAUUCCUCUCAUUGCCUCUUCCACCCCGAAUGCUCACCUGAAGAUGCUUUGCAACAUCGCCGACUCGUUUGUUUGUAUUGCAGCUAGGAUGGGAGUUAGCGGAAUGCAUGAAAAGCCGUACGAGUGUGUGGGAGACCUGCUCCAUCGUAUGCAUGCUUGCACCGAGAACUUAGUCCCGGUAGCUGUCGGGUUCGGUAUCAACACCCGAGAAAGCUUUGUCGAUAUUGCUCGUCCCGCUGAAGGGGUCGUCAUCGGCAGCCCAAUCAUCUCCAUACUGGGAAACACGGCUCCUGGAACUGGUGCUCAGAAGGUCAAGGAGUACUGUCUUCAAGUUGCUGGACGCACCGAGCAUGAAAUUGUCAUAACAGAAAGAAAAAAUCAAUCCACCCAAUCCUUAUCUUCCACUACUAUCUACCUUUCCUAUGAUGGAGCAGGCGAUACACCCAAAAAAACCGACAAGACCACCAGUCUCGGAGACAUAAACACCCGCCUGAGAACCUUCGGCGGCCAAUAUGUCCCAGGAUUCCUAAUCGAAGGCAUCACCGAGCUAGAGAACGGCUUUGAGGCAGCAAACGCAGACCCGACCUUCUGGGCUGAAAUCAACUCCUACGCAGCAUAUGCCAACCGGCCCUCCUCCCUCCACCUAGCCCCACGCCUAACAGAAUACGCAGGCGGAGCACGCAUCUGGCUGAAACGCGAAGAUCUCGACCACACUGGCAGUCACAAGAUCAACAACGCCCUGGGUCAAAUAAUCCUCGCCCGACGACUCGGCAAAACCUCCAUAAUCGCCGAAACAGGCGCUGGCCAGCAUGGUGUCGCAACAGCAACUAUAUGCGCUCAAUUCGGCAUUAAAUGCACCGUUUUCAUGGGCUCCGAGGACUUUGAAAGCCAGCCUUUGGUUGUCCUGCGCAUGCGGAUCCUCGGUGCAGUGGUUAACCCCGUUGACGCCGCGGGUGGUGGCAAAAAGGGUACCCUUCGGGACGCAGUCAACGAGGCCUUCCGUACCUGGGCGAGGGAGCUGAAGACGACACAUUUUGUUAUUGGCUCGGCGUUUGGCCCGCAUCCGUAUCCGACUAUCGUGCGCAAGUUUCAGGCUGUCAUCGGUGCGGAGACUCGAGUUCAAUUCGGCGCGAUGAAUUCCGGUAGAUUGCCUGAUGCGAUUGUUGCUUGUGUUGGCGGUGGGUCUAACGCCGUCGGUAUGUUCUAUCCCUUCUUGGAAGAUUCAUCUGUUGCUCUUGUUGGCGUCGAGGCGGGUGGUGAUGGGUCUCUGGCGGAGCAGCACCCUUCUUCGCUGGGUCGUGCGUCUGUCGGUGUAUUGCACGGGUUGCGCAAUUCUUUGCCUCAGGAUGAGGACGAGGAAAUUCGCCACACGCAUUUUGUCUCUGCUGGGCUUGAUUACCCUGGUGUUGGAUUUGAGUUGUCGAGUUGGAAAGAGUCUGGCCGGGCUACUUUUAUUGCGGCAAAUGAUACGGAAGCCCUGAUGGCCUUUUCAUUGCUCUGUCGGCUUGAGGGAAUUAUGCCUGCACUUGAGAGCUCGCAUGCUGUUGCUGGAGCUGUGCGUGUUGCAAAGAAGUUGGGACCUGGACGGGAUGUUGUUGUUUGCCUUAGUGGGCGGGGUGAUAAGGAUGUGCAGACUGUUGCUCACGUUUUGUCUACUCUCAGAGUUGAUAAUCUCUAA